AUGAGAAAUGCUGCCCUCCUCAUGGCCAGGGCAACAAGCCUUCGCCUCAGCCUGCUCCUUCUGCUCUCCUUCCUGCCGGACCUGGACCAAGGAGUGAGAGCCAAGGAACUAAGGUUUGUGACAUUGGUUUUUAGGCAUGGAGACCGAAGUCCUAUUGAAACCUUUCCUAACGAUCCCAUUAAGGAAUCCUCAUGGCCACAGGGAUUUGGCCAACUCACUCAGUUGGGCAUGGCACAGCAUUAUGAACUUGGAGAAUAUAUAAGGAAACGUUAUGAAAACUUUUUGAAUGAAUCUUAUAAACAUGAACAGGUUCAUGUUCGAAGCACGGAUAUUGACCGGACUUUGAUGAGUGCUAUGACAAACCUUGCAGCCCUAUUUCCCCCAGAGGGUAUCAGCAUCUGGAAUCCCAGCCUACUCUGGCAGCCCAUCCCAGUGCACACAGUCCCUGUUUCUGAAGAUCAGUUGCUAUACCUACCUUUCAGGAACUGCCCUCGUUUUCAAGAACUUCAGAGUGAGACUUUGAUAUCAGAAGAAUUCCAGAAGAGGCUACAUCCUUACAAGGAUUUUAUAGAAGUCUUGCCAAAACUUACAGGAUACCAUGACCAGGAUCUUCUUGGAAUUUGGAGUAAAGUCUAUGACCCUUUAUUUUGUGAGGGCAUUCAUAAUUUCACUUUACCCUCCUGGGCAACAGAGGACACCAUGACUAAGUUGAAAGAAAUAUCAGAAUUGUCCCUUCUGUCCCUCUAUGGAAUUCAUAAGCAGAAAGAAAAAUCUAGAUUGCAGGGGGGUGUCCUGAUCAAUGAAAUCCUCAAUCACAUGAAGAGUGCAACUCAGCCAUCAAACCACAGAAAACUCAUUAUGUAUUCUGCACAUGACACUACUGUGAGUGCCCUGCAGAUGGCGCUAGAUGUUUACAACGGAAUCCUCCCUCCCUAUGCGUCCUGCCACAUGAUGGAAUUGUACUUCCAGGAGGGAGAAUACUUUGUAGAGAUGUACUAUCGGAAUGAGACACGAUAUGAACCACAUCCCCUCACGCUACCUGGCUGCACCCUCAGCUGCCCUUUGACGAAGUUUGUUGAGCUGGUUGCCCCCGUUAUCUCCCAAGACUGGUCCAUGGAGUGUGCCAUAAGCAACCAUAAAGUUCUAAGGAUCAUCCUUGCCAUCAUCUUUUGCCUGGUGUCUGGUGUCCUAAUGGUGCUGCUGUUUAUCCUCAUCCGCCAUGGGCCCUGCUGGCAGAGAGACUCCUAUGGAAACAUAUGA